CAUUGCCUGACGUACAGUCAUGGAUCAAACCUCUUCUUUCAACCAAAACUAACAUACGAGACCCCGGACUCCCUUCUCUACCUACAAUGUCAUCACGCAACAUCGGUGCUUCGGCGCCUGAGGCCGCCUUUGACGAGAAGGCCCUGAACGACAAUCUCGAAGCACAGCAGACAUCGACAACCUCCAAGGCCAGCUCCCACGACUCCCACCACGACAGCAGCAGCAGUGACGAUGAAGACGACGUCCGCACAGCAGCCAUCCGCUCCCCAAGAUCCCAGCGCCAGAGCGGCGACAAGUCCACCACGGCCAAUGACACCACCGCCGCUGCUGACGGCGGCAACAACCCUCUGACGACGACUCGGACCAACCAGACCUCCCGCUCUCGCACCUCGUCCACCCUGCGCCGCACAACCAGCAAUGCCCUCGCCGCCGCCCUCUCCCGCAUCACCACCCGCGACUGGCCGGAGCCCCCGCCCCCGCCGGACGGCGGCCUCAAGGCCUGGACCCAGGUCGCCUGCGGCUGGCUCGUCAUCUUCACCACCUGGGGCUACGUCAACAGCUUCGGCGCCUUCCAGACAUACUACACGGCCACCCUCGCCCCGCAGGGGAUCCCGCCGUCGACCAUAUCCUGGAUCGGGUCCGUGCAGAUCUGGCUCACCCUGAUCGUCGGUGUGUUCUCCGGACGCCUGCUGGACGCGGGCUGGUUCAUCCCCACGUUCUUUGUGGGCGCGGUGAUCCAGGUGCUCGGCAUGUUCCUGAUGAGCCUCUCCGGGGACAGCUACUGGCAGCUCAUGCUCACGCAGGGCGUCAUGACGGGCAUCGGCGGCGGCAUCUUCUUCACGCCCUCCGUCGCCCUCGUCACCACCUACUUCCAGGCCCGCAGGGGCCUCGCCGUCGGCCUCGUCACGGUCGGCAACAGCGCGGGCGGCAUCAUCUACCCCGUCGUGGUCAGGGAGCUGAUCCCAAAGGUCGGGUUCCCCUGGACCGCGCGGGUGCUGGCGUUCAUCAACCUCGGCGCGCUGUCCGUGGUGUUCGCUUUCAUGCGGCCGCGCCUCCCGCCGCGCCAGUCGGGCCCCAUCAUCGACUGGACCGCCAUCAGGGAGCCCGUGUAUGUCGCGUUUGUCGUCGCCUUCUUUGCGCUGAUGUGGGGCAAUUACUUUACUUUUUACUAUAUCGCUUCCUAUGGUCGCGAGGUGCUCGGUCUAGACUACGCCGCGGCGUCGACCCUCGUCAUGAUCAUCAACGGCGUCGGCAUGCCCUUCCGGGUCCUGUUCCCCUGGCUCAGCGACCGCUGCGGGACCAUCAACGUCAUGCUGCCCGUCGCCGCCGUCUGGGCCAUCGUCGCGUUCUGCUGGCUCGCCGUCCCCGACGUCAAAGGGUACUACAUCUACACCACCUUUUAUGGCAUCUGUUCCGCCGGCUUCCAGAGCAUGUUCCCCACCAUCAUCGCCAGCAUCACCAAGCGGCUCGACAUGACGGGCACGAGACUCGGCAUGGCGUUUGGUGUCACGUCGAUGGCAGCGCUGACAGGUCCGCCGCUGGGAGGCGCUAUUCUGGCUGCUGGCGGCGGUAGCUACACAGGGGCGCAGGUGUGGGCCGCAUGCAUGACCACAAUCGGCAUGUCGUGUGUGGCAUUUGCAAGGUUCAAAGCGGCUGGCUUGCAGGUCAAGAUCAAAUGCUAGAGAGCGGUGAAGAUAUAAAUAUGCUGCGUCCUUUAUCAUAAUGUUGACCUUUGGCAGAAUAAGGAGAUACCGUCUAAUCAUAAUGUAACCGUAAUGUCGACUGAGCCGAGUAACUGAUCAGUACCACAUGUUGCGACCUGAGCGUGACUAGUGGAGAAUUGAUGUCAUCUUGACGUCGAUGUCGUGUUGAGGACGAGCUCGUGAAACGUUGGGUCCAUGCUUGACUGAACCAAAGGACUACCUUUCGAUGGGAGACAUCGGCUUCGCGGCGCUAC